AGCUGUUUUUUACGGGAAUUAUUUUUAACUGCAUUUUUAAAGAUUUUAAGGAAAUUUUUGAUAAGAAAUGUCCGCUUUAAGCAGGAAGAGAGAGAAAAAGUGCCAACUGUGUGAAACGACACAACAUCUCAUUGAUACCUGGAUGGAGGAAUUCAAUCACAUCCAUGAGAAACUCCAGGCAGUGACAAAUUCUGAGGGAGAGUACAGCAAGUGGCUCAAGUGGAUGUGUAUGGGCUGUAAGGAUCAACUUGAUGAACUCUGGAAGUUCAAAAUUCGCUGCAAGAAUGCUUAUAAAACAUUCCUUGAUGAAAUGGAUGGGAUUUCAGGGGAUUGUGGUAUUACUUUGUACAUUUUAGAGGAUGAAAAGAACGUUGAGGACACUUGCAUGGAUACAAUUGAAAAAAUUGAGAAGGAAGAGGAAACCACGUACUACGAAAGGUUUGAGGAAGUUUUCCUUCCUGAUAGAAUAAAUGAAAGGAACAAAGACGUCAAGGAUACAUCACUUGAAUCUACUGCUAGCGAUCGGCCUAUAAAAAAGAUAGAUCGUCGUCUUAAGGAAUAUCGAACGGAUCGCCCGGCGAAAAAGUCCAAAAUCGAAUCAUUUAUUUGUUCUCACUGUGAUAAAAAAUUCAAAUCUAAAGGCAGCCUGAGGCGUCAUAUAAAUGUGACUCACUUGAAAUUGCUGCACUUCCUGUGUCGCAUAUGCGGCAGGAAGUGUUCCUCCAUACCAAAAUUAACGCAACAUGAGGAAACUCAUGAAGAAAAUCGCCCACGAAUCCCUUGCAAAAUGUGCGAUAAAACAUUCACACAGGAGAGGAAUCUAAAGAGGCACAUGGACAUCCAUUUGGAGCCAUCAAAGCGAAGGAUUAAACCCUGCAUCUGCAAGCACUGUGGCAAGACGUUCAUCGGACGGGAUGCCCUUGUGCAGCACCUGAAGGAAUUCUCAGGAUCUCAAAAAGCAAUGUAUCCGUGCUCGUACUGCGCGAAAGAAUUCAAAACUCACCAAAGACUGGAGCACCAUGAGAGGGUUCAUACAGGCGAGAAGCCAUUCACGUGCGAGAUCUGCUCCAAAUCCUUCAAGCAACUCGCCCAUUUGCAGCGACAUUUGAAGAUGCACGCUGGCGAGAGGAAUUAUCCGUGCAAUUUCUGUGACAAAGCCUUCACGACCAAUGGGAAUCGUACUGUUCACAUGAGGAUACACACCGGAGAAAUGCCAUAUAAUUGUUCCAUCUGCUCAAAGCGCUUCAGGGAUAUAAAAAUGUGCAAAACGCACGUUAGUAAGUGCAUUCAAUUGCAUGAAAAAACGUACGCCUUGCAGCGGAAAUUUCUGAAACUAAACUCCAUCAAAAUAAAAAUAAAAAAUGAAAAUAUUUACAAAAUCGGACAAAAAAUGAGUGAAAAAGACUUCCCCUUGAGCCAUUUGUUGCCCCCAAAGGGUGUGAGGAAGGCCAGUGAGUUCCAUGUGUGUCGAAUAUGUGAGACCGAAGAUGAUCUCCUGGAUAUAUUCACGGAAAAGCACAAGCACAUCUAUGACAAGCUCCAGGCAAUUGCCACUUUCAAGGAGGAGGACACGACCAAUACGUUCAAAUAUGUUUGCUAUGACUGCAAGGACAGAGUGGAGGAACUGCAUGAAUUCAAGAGGAAAUGCGAGGUAACUUAUGAGAAACUCUGGAAGGAUCUGCUGGCAGACAACACCACCACCAAGGUGGGAAAAUCCACUCCGAGAGAUUUUGACAUUGAGGAUGUUUUUGUCAAGACGGAAUAUCCCGUGGAUACAAUUUACUGCGAUGACAAUGAUGAUGAUGAUUCCGAGGAUGGUUUUGAUGAAAACUGCAUGGAUUAUCUUCAGGUAAAAGUCGAGGAUAGAGCUCCUGAGGAGAAAAGUGAGGAAAAGGAAGAAGAGGAGGAGGAGGAGGAGAAGGAUGAGAAUGAUGAAGAGGAAGAGAAACGUCCACGACGAAGGCUGAGGAAGAGAGAAUCCAUUGAUAAGAGUUAUCAGUGCAGUGAAUGCGAUGAAAGCUUUCAGAAUCACUACUACCUCACAAAGCACAAGGCAACACAUCUCGAUUCAAAGGAUACCAUGUGCUCCAUUUGCAAUCACGAAUUCUCCACAAAACAGAAUCUCAAGCGUCACAUUGAGGAUAUUCACGAGAAGGUGGAAAAGGUGCGAGAGGACAAAGCCUAUCAGUGCAAUCAGUGUCCGCUCACGUUCAAGAAUCACUACUACCUCACAAAGCACCAGGGUAUCCAUACGACUGUCAAGAAGAAUGUCUGUCCCAUCUGUGGGCAGGAAUACUCAACGAAGCAAAACCUCCGGCGGCACAUUGAAGACAUCCACGAGAAGGUGAAGAAGGCAAAGGGGAAGGAUUCCUAUUCGUGCAAUCAGUGCGACAUGACGUUCAAGAAUCACUACUUCCUCACGAAACAUCGUGCUGUGCAUUUGGUGUCCAAGAAGAAUGUCUGCACGCACUGCAAUCAGGUCUACUCUACAAAACAAAACCUCCGCCGUCACAUUGAGGACAUCCAUGAGAAGCUCCGGAAUCAUCUUUGCACCAUCUGCGGGAAGGGCUUUGCCCAAAUAACCACCCUCAAAUCCCACUACAAUGUUCACAGUAAAAUCAAAUUCCAGUGCGACAUCUGCGGGAAGCGCUUCAAGACUGAGAUGUAUCUCAAGCUGCACAAGCUGCGGCACAUCCCACCGGAGGAGCGCACGGAUAAGAUUAAGAAGCGCCUCAAGAGUGACAGUUCCAAGGCGAAGAAAGUCAUCUGCAUCUGCUCCUUCUGUGGCAAAAUCUCAAAUACAGCAGCCAUCCAUCAGAAUCACCUGAGAACGCACACAGGGGAGAAACCCUUUGAAUGUGACAUCUGCAAAAAGUGCUUCUCCUUCAAGUUCGUCCUCGAGACUCACAUGCGUGUCCACACGGGCGAGAAGCCGUACAAAUGCGACACAUGCGGCAUGGCCUUCCGGCAGAGUGCUCACCUCAAGACCCACAAGCGUGUCCACACAGGUGAAAAGCCCUUUAAGUGCGUCGUGUGCGAGAAGGCUUUUGCCGAAAGGAGGAGCCUGAAGGUCCACAUGAGGCUGCACACGGGAGAAUCUACAUGACUGUAAAUUGCAACAACUCCCAAGGAAACCAAUUUACACGUCGUGGAGAAUAAAAGUUGAUGACCUGGACUUGUGAGGAGCAUAAACCCAUGUCAGCCAGGGAAGUCAAGGAGUAAUGGAGUCCCGGGAAUCCCUAAAGUAAAGCCAGUUCUUAAUUUGCAUGAAAAGAAGAAAAAGAGAAAAAGGUCUAAUGCUGCUGCGAGGCUCAUGAUUUAAUUAAAAAAUUGCAUGAAUAUUCAAAAGUAUUUGCAUUAAAAGUAUAAAACAAAAAUGCAUAAAAUAAAUUUUAAGACUCACAGUACAAUGUCUUAUUUAAGGAUAAAAAAAAUACUAAAAGUUGCCUAAUAAGGAACUUUUAUCAGAAUGAAAGGAAAUGCAUUUUUGGACGUGAAGCCACAAAAUUAGGGCUUCGUCAUUAAAGUACAUAAUUAUAUCAUAGUACUAUAAUCAAACAAAAAUUUAGCAUCAUAGAGCAACAUAAAAUCAUUAUUUAGAAUGGCUAAAAUUCAGAUAAGUAAAAAGCUAGUCAAAAUUUAAUUUAAGAUCAUCAUUUCUAAAUUUUAUCGAAUUUUUUUAUAUUUUUAUUUUACUUUUUUAUUUUUAUUUUUGAUUAGUUUAAAAAAAUAUAUAUGUAUGUAGUGUAUUUUUUUGAGAAUGAUAUAAUAAAAGAUAUUUGAAUAAAA